AGUAAAAAAAGGUUUUUUUAUCUGUCCAAGAGCUAGAAGAGACGCCGUCACCCACGUCCAGUUGCAAUAACCCAAGACCCUUCUCCAUCCUUGAAUCACCCCUCAUUCUCGUGUUGCGAGGGCUCAGGGCCCAUGGAGAGAUCGUUAUCACCGAUGGAAUAUAGGAUUACUCUUUCAGCUCUGAUCCCCUGGCAAGGAAGCUGCGGUAUACAAACGCAAGACCGGUGUCGAGACCAGAGACCAAACUGAGUCACGAUACAUCAGUUAAAAAGACAGAAAAAGAAAAAAAAGAAAAGAAAAGAAAUCCUCGCCCUGGCAUGGCGGAAAGCCCAUCCAAGCUCCCGGGUUUGCCGGGCUUCCACCGGGAGACCAUUCAGCCCUGGAUCGUGGCCGUCGAGGUCACGGUGAAUCUGCUGGCCCUGGUAUCGGUCGGGCUGCGCCUGCUCAGCCGGCGCAUCAAAAGCCAACGGCUCUGGUGGGACGACUACACCAUCAUGUUUAGCAUGGUGUGGAACUUCAUGGUCGUCGGCUUCGCGUUUGCCAUGUACAGCAACGGCAUGGGUCUCCACGCCGACAAGGUGCCCAUGAACAACAUCGUCAUGAUGGCCAAGUGGCUCGUGGUGGCUGAGAUCUUUUAUGCGUGGAACCUUGUCUGGACAAAGCUCAGCCUCCUGCUCAUGUACAUUCGUAUCUUCCAGACCAGCCUCAUCCGGCGCAUCUGCAUCGGCAUUGGCAUCUUGGUCGUCUGCUGGGGCUUCACCAUCAUGUUCAUCUUCAUUUUCAUCUGCGUCCCCGUCAACAAGCUGUGGUACCCGGAUAUCCCCGGCCACUGCAUCAACCAGGUCGCCACCUGGAUCGCCAACGCCGCCUCCACCAUCUUGACCGACAUCGCCAUCUUGGUCAUCCCCUUUACUCAGAUCUGGAAUCUGCAGCUGCGGCGGAUAGACAAGAUUGGCUUGACGUUUGCCUUUGGGUUAGGUUUCUUCGUCGUCUUUGCAUCAAGCUACCGUACCACGGUCCUCUUCACCUACAGCAACCAGGAUCCGACAUACACCCUAGCACCGACGGUGGGCUGGACGGCCAUCGAGGUGUCGGCCGGCAUAAUCUCCGCCUGCCUGCCGACCAUGCGCCCCUCCCUGCAGUAUUUCGGCCGCAAGUGCGGCAUCAAGCGCAGCAUCUUUGGCAGCUCCGACGACCAAGACUCGGACCGUUCCAAUCUGCAGAACCUGGGAUCGGCCAACGGCGCACCGCUCACUAUCGGCGGGGGCGCCAUGUAUCCGAGCCAAAAGCCAGCAGAAACUCGAACCAAGCCGCGGUCGACGACCAUCUCGUCGCGGCACGAGCUCUUUGACGGCAAGACCGGCGUGGUCGGCAGCAUCAAUGCGCGAAUCAGCAGCGCCAGCAGCGGGAUCGACGAAAGGCUGCACGGUCAUGACGACGACCGAGCGGCGGCGGUGUCUUUGCAGAGCCCGCCCGACGCCGAUCUUCGGCCCGACGUACGAGGCGUCAUGUACAGGGUGUCGAGUUAUACGUCCAACGGCGGGAACGGGGAGUUUGAAAGGAAAGGAAGUGAAGUGGAGAGUGAGAUACCACCGAAUGGGAUCAUGGUGCAAAAAGAUAUAACUCAAUCAUCCUCGAGGAUCGCACCCCACGACGACGACGGUAGUGGAAGAAGGUGAUGAAACAGUUAGUGUUUAUAUGUCUAUAGUCGGAAAAAAGUAUCUGUAUAUUUGUACAAUCUGUCACCACCAAAACACAUCUUGAUAAAUGAUACCGC